CUGCCAUUCUCCUCUCCGCUCGGCCGUCGUCUUCCACUUCUUCAAAUAGUCGUCAGUCAGCUCUUUCUCUUAAGGUGCAAUCGUCUUCUUCAAAUUGGAUUUAGCUUUUUUCUAGGUUUUUCGUCCAUUAGUUGUUCCACUAGAAAUUUAAUCAAACAUGUUGUGCACAUGUUCUUAAAGGCUGCCUCUAAGAUAGAAGAGCCAAUGAAGCACAUUGUGAAGAUUAUGUCAUUGUUGGUGGCCAUGUCGGCUGUUUGGAUUAGCCUUUUGCAAGCAUCUAUACUUCCAAAGAGCUAUACAUGGCAGCUGCCCAUCUACUUCGUCGUAUCGCUCGGAUGCUAUGGUCUGUUAAUGGUUGGAGUUGGUUUGAUGCACUUUCCUGUUUGCCCUCAAGAAGCCAUUUUGUUACAACAGGAUAUCGUUGAAGCAAAGGAAUUCCUCAAGGAGAAAGGCGUUGAUGUUGGUUCGAACUGAGCGUCGCCGGGCGAUGGACGGACAUAUUUACAUUUGGUAACAGCUGCCGAAUGUUGUUACAGUUAUAAAAGGUGUGUUAUUUUGACAAAGGGGGAAUUAUUUUUACUGGAUUUGGCACUGUAGAGAUGAAAUUUAACUUGUAAGCAAUAGAAUUAAUAUUUUUGGAUAUCAGUUCCUUGCAAUAGAGAUCGAUUUUAUGGC